CUAUUGACUACCUGACCUUUCAUUUUGUUUUGGUGGAACCAUUUUCAAUUUCCAUUCCCUCACAGGCACAGCACAGCCACACACAAGAAUGAAGAAACAGGCCUAGCUGUGGCCUGUGGGUCCUCUCUUCUCAUUUCAACCACUCUGGAACCCAGAAAUGAGAGAGUAUCUCUGAGCUCUAAACAUCCCAAUAUAUCACUGCCCAUGUGGCAGCAUCCAAAACCAGUACAUUACCUCCAUCACCCAAUAACAUUCCACCCUUAUCCUAUCCCCUUAUCCUUGCUCUUCUUUCUCACCCCAUAGCCAACCAACUUAACUCCUCUUCCCCACCUUAGCACAAAACACACAACUUCCUCUCUCUCUCUGCCUUCUAUUUCCCUCCAUCAGAGAUCCCAGAGGUGGGGCUUUUUUCACCUGUUCUGCCUUAACCAUGGCAGCCUCACUUCAAGCUGCAGCAACUCUAAUGCAACCCACCAAGGUGGGAAGGAACUCCUCCAACAGCCUCGUCCAAUUGAGGUCUUCCCCAAAUGUCUCCAAAGCCUUUGGAUUGGAGCCAGCUGCCUCUGCUAGAGUCACCUGCUCUCUUCAGUCUGACCUCAAGGAAUUGGCCCAGAAGUGUGUCGAUGCCACCAAGCUUGCUGGCUUUGCUCUUGCCACCUCUGCUCUUGUUGUCUCGGGAGCAGGAGCAGAAGGAGCGCCGAAGAGGCUAACCUUCGACGAGAUCCAGAGCAAGACCUACAUGGAAGUGAAGGGCACCGGCACGGCCAACCAAUGCCCCACCAUCGACGGCGGAUCCGACUCCUUCUCCUUCAAAGCAGGGAAAUACCAGGCCAAGAAAUUCUGCCUCGAGCCAACUUCCUUCACUGUCAAAGCCGAAGGAGUCAGCAAGAACUCCCCAGCCGAAUUCCAAAACACCAAGCUCAUGACCCGCCUCACCUACACCUUAGACGAGAUGGAAGGCCCCUUCGAGGUCUCCCCCGACGGCACGGUGAAAUUCGAGGAGAAAGACGGCAUCGACUACGCCGCCGUCACCGUCCAGCUCCCCGGCGGGGAGAGGGUCCCUUUCCUCUUCACGGUGAAGCAGCUGGUGGCUUCUGGAAAGCCAGAGAGCUUCAGCGGGGAGUUUUUGGUGCCCAGCUACAGAGGUUCGUCGUUUUUGGACCCUAAAGGCAGGGGAGGGUCCCAGGGUUAUGACAAUGCGGUGGCGCUGCCCGCCGGCGGGAGAGGGGAUGAGGAAGAGCUGGCGAAGGAGAACGUCAAGAACGCGGCGGCGUCGAAGGGGAAGAUUACAUUGAGCGUGACCAAGAGCAAGCCGGAGACAGGGGAAGUGAUUGGGGUUUUCGAGAGCGUUCAGCCGUCGGACACCGAUUUGGGCGCCAAGGCGCCUAAAGAUGUGAAGAUUCAGGGGGUUUGGUAUGCUCAGCUUGAUUAAGUAGGGAGAGGGAGAGAGAGGUUGAUGAUGACGAAUCUGCAAAUGUUUGAAACAGAGACUUGAAACAGAGACUGCUCUGUUUUUUCUUCUUCUUAAUGUGUCAUUUUUUUCGUUCUGUAUAUUAAAAUUUCCCGUCGCGGUUUAAGAAGUAAGACGCACAUGCCUAAAGUUUCCUAAUUUACGAACGGUUCUCUAAAAUCGUAAUGAGGGUUCAUUAGGAAUGCAAACACAAUUGAGCCAAACUAUUUUCAAUCCAAAUCUCAUAGGUUACUCUUUUACUUAUAAA